UUGGAUUUUCCGGAAGAGAUGCAACAAGUGACACAUCGGAAAAUGUCAUUCAAUUAUAAAUUUAAAAACCAUCAUCAUAAUUCGCUGAUGCUGCAGGAGAAGCUAAGGGAAAGUGAAUGGAAACGUUCGAAAUUGGAGAUAGAGUUCAACGAAUUGAUCCAACAAAGUAGAAUAAACCAAGAAUCAGACCUGAUGGGGUACAGAAGGAGAUAUAGGGACCUUUUGGAAUCAGAAAAAUACCGAAUAAGAAGGAACGAGCAACUGUUCGCAGCACUCAAAAGGCUAGAAAUGAGAAUUUCUUUUCUUUCCGAAACGACCGAAAAGUACAAAACUCUACGGUCUAAAUACCGCGUAUUUUCCAGCAGAGUUCAACGUGGCAGAGGGGUAGAUACCCAAACCAGACCCAUCGGAAACUUACAACAUGACAGGUUUCCUCAGGAUGUCCCAAUAAACAAUACUCAUCCGUUCAGUUCAAUGGAAAGCUUAAAUCAUCCUAAAAAUGUUUCAAAAUCUGCAUCUGGAUAUAUCGGCGAUUAUAGUGAAUUCAAGGAGGAAGGAAAAACAAUGACAGUUCCAUCGAGGCAACAAUUAUUCCAUAAGGGUAUCGGAGAGUACUCUGUACCUCACUUGUAUGAGUCAAAUUUAGUGCAAAAUAAACCACCCUCCAUGUACCAAGAAAAUUACCGAAUUAUGGACGAAAAUAUCAAAGCGAAACUGUCCGAAUAUCCGAAAAUAUCUGGGCCAAUUCAUUCUGCAGAUCCACAAAUCAAUUUUAGAACUCGUCAGGCCUCUUACGAGACACCUAUCGAUGAUACACUUCCAAAGUCUAAUAGAAGUUAUACGAUCGGAAAUGAAGAUGGUUUUGGAAGAGAUGUAAUCGAAUAUUCACCAGAUAUUCGUCAUCGAAUGGCUAAUAAUAGAAACGAUCUAUCCUUGGACGAUCCAAAAUAUGAUUUUGUUGACAUAUCAAAAUCAGAUAUAAACAAAUAUGCAAUAGGAAACCCAGAUGCAGUAGAUUUCGAGAAUAAAAAUACGACUAUAUCCAAGAACGGUAGUUUGAGAAUACCGGAGACAAUUUUGAAGAAAUAUACGAACAAUGACCUGAAUCAGGAGGCAACAAAAAAUUAUAUGGAACCAAGUUUAAGUGAUUCUAAGGGUAAACAACAGACAAUACCUUAUACAGAAAAAAUUGGGGAUGUGGAAAACGAAGAUAUGAGAGACAAGUUCCCUCCACAUUGUGAAGAAAAUAAAGAGGAUGUAAGGGAGAUUUUUUCUGGGAAAUUUCACGAAAACCGAACCCAGGAAUUUGUAGUGGAAAAGCCUCUGGAAACGAAAACAGAAAUGAUCGUUGAGGAGAAAAAUUCAGAAAUUCCUAAUCUGAUGCCGAACACGAAUACCAAUAAAGACAAAGCAGCUGUUCAGAAUAUAAGUGAAAUAGAAAUAAUUGAAACACAGAACGUUGACUCCCUUCGAGAAAUAAAAAGUAUCACUGAAUCUGGAGGGAUACAAUCCCAGAGCUCUUUGAGUGAGGAAAAGCCUGGUAAAAAUGAAGAAAUAAUAGAUGAUGGGAAGGAUAAUAAUUUACAGGUCAUCAAUAAGGCUACCGAGGAAGUGAUAGAAGACCUAGAGUUUUGUGUCAGUAAUAUAGAUCAACAGGAAAAACCUGUAACUGAUGCCAUUCCCCCUGAUACAAAACGUGACAAUGAAUUAAUCCAAAAACAAGAAGGAUCGGAUGAUUUACCUCAAAACAAUGCCAUUCAACCUAAUGAUGAAUCAGCUAACUCCAUUCCAGAGAAAACUGAUGAAAAAAAAGAUUUCCAGAAUGCAACCUUAACCGAAAACAUGUCUCAACUAAAUAUAAGUAAAAACGGUGAUGGUCUUGAACUAACUUCCCCCCAACAGCCUCAAGAAAAACCCACCUUCAACGCCGCGGAAGAAGAUUUUGAGAAAAAUUCUGAAGUACCUAUUGAUCAAGACGUUUCUGCAGUACGUCAAGAAGAAACGUCAGAAAAAAAUAUCUCGAACAGUCAUCAAAAUUCCCAGCAAGAAACCACACAAUUAAGUCAUCAACCGGAAGAACAUGAGAACAGCGACGAAUCAGAAAUGAAGAAAUUCAAGAAGCAAAUCACCAAGACCCAGCCUGAACAAAGUCAGUACUAUGACCAGAACAAUCAAAACUACACAGUGGACGAGCAUGGUCAGCACUAUGACAUGAAUGGACAUCCAAUAAGCUACGACCCUGACAUGCCCAGUGGUACCCAGUCGUAUGGCCCAGAGUAUGCAGGGCAAUAUAACGAAAAGGGAGAACUUGUGGCUCCCUACGACCAAAGCGACCAGCAAUACGACCAACAGUACUACCCGGACGACCCGAACUAUGCGAACUACGACCAGUACCCUCAGCAGUACGAGGAUCAGCAGCAAUACGGUGAAUACGACCAAGAGGGAUACGACCCAUCUCAGCAAGGCUACGACGGAUCGGCUCAGCAUGGAUAUGACCCAAACUCGCAAUACAAUGCCUAUUACGCGGAAGUCAAAUAUGAUCAAGAUCCUUUUUAUCAGCAAGAUACGCAAGAAUCCGCCCCAAACCCACAACACGAGGAAAACGAAGAGGCAGAUAAGGCAAACAGGCUGAUGCACAUGUUAGAGAGCGAUACCGAAAAUAGUAGUAGACAGGAGCACAAAGUAACUACAGAAAGUGAUUUCGAUUUCAGUAAUAAUCAGUAAUGUUUCAAGCGGUUAGGAAAUUGACCACGAAGAGGAGGAAAAAGUACUGUACUAGGGUGGAGGGUGAGAACGAAGAUUUAGAUGGUCAAGGGACAAUAUUUGAAUAUCAUAG